GUUUAUACUAAACAACCGUGAUAUACAUACCGACCUAAUCCAACGAACGGACUUACAUAUUGUGUUUGCGCGUGUGUUUACAUACUUUCCUCGAGGACAAAUAACAAUUGUAGCGAAUAGAAUUUGAUAAGGGAAUGCGAGUUGACCGUCGUCGUAACGGUCCGAAACAAGUUGCUCCUCCUGCAAGUGUUGAGAUUCUGGUACAAGACUGUACACGGCAACAAGUUCGUCCCCUUCCUGGUUCACCUUUUUUUUUUUUUUUUCUUCCAAGUUACUCCACGAAGGAUUUAUCUUUGAUAAUUUUUUCUUCUCUUUUGCCGAGAACCGGAGACGUGAUUUCAUCUCUGAGAGAGAGAGAGACAGAGAGGAUCGCGAGCAUCAAUGGCGAAACUUUGUGCACGUAUAAAAAAAGUGCAAAACAUGAUCGACGAAAGCAGAAUAAGAUCGGGAAAGGGGAAAAAAAUAAGAAGACACAUAGCUUUAACACAGCAGCUUCGUUCAUUCGAAGAGAGGUACAGAUAGAGAGAGAGAGGGAGAGAAAGAGAGAGAUGAAGAGGGAAAAGUCAGCGAGCGCGUUCACCCUCCGAGCCAGCGGCUGGUGACGGUGGUGGUGUACGCACGCCACUUCCUGUCUACGGCAGGAAGCGCUCCGCACACGUGUCCUGGUUCGUUUUGUUCUCUCCUACUUCUACUCGUUUCACUCCUCCUCCUCCUUCUCCCUCUUACUUCUUCUCGCGAUCCGUUUCCACUCCUACCACGCGACUUUUUCCUCCCGCCAUUCCGCCAUCCACCCUCCGUGUGUGUACUCGGCACUAACGCGCGACGCCGUUCUUUCCCUCUCUCUCUCUCUCUCUCUCUCUCUCUCUCUUCCUUCCUUCCUACUCAGUCCCACCCAUCUUACUCUCUGCUUUGGCGUAGUCAGCCUAAAGGAUCGACUAACCGUAUGCUCAGGACGCCGCGUUCCGAACAAUCGGCGAAAUGUUAUUCGUGUAUAACGCGACUAGAUAUGUCGGUAGAGGCAUUUCGACCAUUGAUAAUACAAAUCACGCGUUAUUAAACAGCCGACAGGUAUCGGAAGAAGAAGAGAAGGGCGUGUGCGCGGGAAACAAUGUGUGUACAUGUAUCUACGUACGACGAAAUAAUUUGUAUCGUACGAAGAAGUGUUUUUUUUUUAGUGUGCAUCGUUCGUCGUUUGUGAUUGUUUGAUGACGUGCGCGUGUGCGUUGCUGAAUAUUAUAUAACAUACAAUAUAUAAUAUAUAUAUGUAUCGUGUAACACUCUGCACGGGUGAUGAAAAUGAUGAUCUGGGAUUGACUGACAAAAAAAAAAAAAGAAAGAAAGAAGAAAAUAAUUGGCACGAGAGAUGAAGUAAAUAAAAAAGAGAAAUAAAAAUUAAUCUUCUUUUAAUUAAAAUCCAAACGAUUGCACACUGCCAUUGCAUUGAUAUAAUAUUACGUACACGGACGUGCAUUUAUAAAAUACAGUGAAGAUGUUGAACUUUGAGCGUACGACGUUCUAAAUUCUCAUCGGCGAUGCCGAAAUAACAAACUCUCGACUACCGUCGUGACUACAACCGCGCGAUUUCGUCGUACAGUGAUAGAUAAGAUGGUAAACAAUUUCCGAAUCAUUGUUUGUUUGCUCGAUUUAAUCGGGAAGACUAACGUCAUCGCCGCUGCUGCCGCCACCGUAAAGCGCAGCUCAUCAUUGAUUCAGAUGCUGCUGCUGCUGCUGCUGCUGCUGCUUCAUCGCCACGUGGCAAAUGGUUGGGCGUGUACUCGUCGAUAUAUUCCGAAAUGCGGUCGACACCGGGAUCCAAUUACCAAUCGAAGAGAUUAUGAUUCCCAUAGGAAAAAUUGCCGCCGAUCCAGAAGCUACGGUGAGGUCGGAACUCGUGGAGCAGGUGCCCCACGUCGCGAUGAUAUGCGAGGAGGCUCCCAACCGGUUUCGGCAUGUACUUCCUCAACAUCUACUGGGAAUUGUCAUCAAGUACCUCCGAGACGACGACAACCAGGUUAGGAAAACUGCACAGGCCGCUCUUUUGGUACUAAUGGAACGAGGACUGUUGGAAAAGGAACCGAUUGAGGAGCUAAUUUGUCCAGUUGUUUUGGAACUCUCGUUCGUCAACGAUCCAUCGGUCGAAAUUCACACGGGAGCGAUAGCCCUCAUGUGCAAGAUGGCUCCACUCGUCGGAAGAGAACUUACGGAGAGAUUGUUCCUCGACAGAUUCGCAAAGCUAUGCUCAGAUGAUAUUUUCUAUGUAAGAAAAGUCUGCGCUGCUAAUCUAGCUGAUUUUUGUGCAGCCGUUAGUAAAGAGUCCAUCGAAACGAUACUGCUUCCAAGGUUCAUAGAUCUAUGCACGGACGAUGUGUGGGGGGUCAGAAAAGCAUGUGCUGAAGUUAUAAUGUCCGUUUCGUGCUGCGUCUCUCUCCAUCAUCGACAGCAUACUUUGGCGCCUGUGUUCGCUGCCCUUCUCGGCGAUGUGUCAAAGUGGGUCCGCUUGUCUGCGUUUCAGACACUUGGGCCGUUCAUCUCUACUUUUGCCCAGCAAUUUACAGCAUUGGCAUACAACCAGUACGGCGAGGUUGUCUUUACCAAUCAACAAGGCAUGGAGCUGAGAUACAACAAAUUGUCGUACUCAAAUCCUCGCACGUUAAACUUCUGCGAAACCUCUUCAUUUGGUUGUUUGAGCAGGAAGUACGAUGAAUACAACGAUAAAUUUGAAGUUGAAUUUUCACCUGUGAGUAUGGUGGGAUCGCGAAAUCGGGAUAAGGAUGAGGACGGUUUCAAGCCCGCAUCGGAAAGUACUGUCACAGAGGAAUCCGGAUCUAGUGACGACACGGACAAGUUCAACCCCUUUCUAUUCUAUUACAUUUCCCCGGAUAUGCCGUUGGAUUCGGACCUUGUCGAGGCUGGCAGACCCACGAAUUCGGAGAAUGGUAACGCAAAGGAAGAGGCCCCUAGUUUGGACAAAAAAAAGGAAAAUCAGCCCGUUUCCAAUGACAGUGUAAACAAUGCGGAUGACGAUGUGAGUGGUUCUGUAAGCGUAGAAAAUAGCUCGCAAUUGCUAAACGAUACAAUUGAUGUGCGGGACGCUUACGACGAGCGCAAAAACAUCAACCAAAACGCGAACGGAAACUCUGGUAACAAGUGCAACGCGGCAGGUGACAACUACCAGUGCGUAGUGCCUCAGGUUCUCAUCGAUUACUUCGUUUCUAUGACCGAAACGACGCAGGUUGUCCAGACUGACUCGGAAAUACUGCAGCACUGUGCCUUCAGUUUCCCGGCCGUUGCCCUCACCCUGGAAAAGCAUAACUGGCCACUUUUGAAGGAUGCCUAUCUUUCGCUGGCAAGCGCGCUCCCAUGGAAAGUCAGGCUCACCUUAGCGUCCAGUAUUCACGAGAUUGCGUUAAUACUCGGUGAGGAUUUGGCCGCGAGAGACUUGGUACCGAUCUAUGACGGGUUCAUUAAAGACUUGGACGAAGUUAGGAUAGGGGCGCUUAAACACUUGGCCACGUUUCUUAAGGUUCUCAGACCCUCCGAGAGAUGCCAAUACUUACCAAGACUCAACAAUUUUUUGGUCACCGAUGCCGAAUGGAACUGGCGAUUCAGGGAGGAGCUCGCUAACCAGCUACUCGAAGCCGUCACUCUGUUCAAUCCGUACGAUGUUUCCAAGUACAUUGCACCUCUCUCGCUUCAUCUACUUGUCGAUAAAAUCGCAGCCGUUCGAACAGUCGCCUUAGCCUUGGUAACGCAGAUAAUUUCCCACCUGUCGGUCGACGAAGCUCUUGUCACAGCAUUGGUGCAGGAACUUGGCCACAUGUUACCGCGUUCGGUCAAAUGGACGCGAAGGCAAACGUACGGAAUUUUGUGCUCUCAGUUGAUAACAAACGGUGCAAUUACCGCCGAUAGAUUUUCCAAGGAGAUGCUACCUCAUCUGAUCGACCUCUCGUGGGACACUGUACCAAACGUCCGGCUAGCGGUCGCUAGAACGUUAGCAAGAAACGUUGCCACCCGAGGACCCGAAUGGCAGGGUGGACCGGAACAAGCGGAGGCUGUGAAAACGAAAUUGAAACACUUGAGACAAGACGUUGAUCGCGAUGUUCGCGAACAUGCUAUUCUAAUCAGGACGCAAUAGCACUUGGACAAGGGGUUGAACCCCUACCUUAGAUGGACAGUGCAUUUACCUCGACUUGUCGCGUAGCAUUCGGCGCUCCUACCUGCGAUUUGAUUCGGUCUCUGUGAUUUUUUUUAUCGUUGAAUGAAUGUACGCCAAAGCAACAAAGCUAUACCUGUCCAAUUUUGAAUGCGAGAUACAUGUUUUAUUUUUGUUUUACUUUUAUUUUUAACUAUCUUCUAUUUUUCUGUUUAUUUUCCCCUCUCCGUCUGUCCUUAAAUUUAUUGUUUUCAAAUAAAUCAAUAUCGAUGCUACGGUAUCUACCAAUGCCGAGCUGUAAAACUCGACGAGACACAAGUAGCGUAGAUAGAAAGGUGUAUAAAAAGUCAUUUGCAUUAGAAUACUUGAUAACGAACCGGAUUUCUUUCACCUCUCACUUCCGACAAUUUUUUUCUUUCUUGCUGUCACUCAUUCUUUGCAAGCGUUGAAACUCGUAUUGUUUCACGAUUUCCUGAACUACCGAAAGUACAUUGAAAUGACGAAUUUAUCCGAACAUUAUCUGACUCGACUGUUCCUUUUUUCGCGCCAGUGCGAUGCAAUCCUCUCGUAACGAAACAAUGAGCAAAAGAAAGAAAGAAAAAAAGAGACCAAAACAUGAAAAGAUACGAAUCUUACGAAAAAUAUGUUGUGGACCGGCAAUAUAUCUAGUAUAAUAAGUCAAGCGUCUGGAGUCCGAGUGAAAGCUUAGGCUUAGUAAACCUACUUCAGAAGAUUGGACGAAGACAUAACUCUAAGCUCAAGUUUUAAUUGCCUACUACUACUACCACUACUUUAUUAUUAUACAUAACUAUACCGUCUAGUGAACAUAAAAUACAUAAUACGUAAUAAUUCGAGUUACUGGCGAACUUGAUAUUCUGUGAGAUAGGGUAAGAUAUCGACUUCAACAUUACAAAUCCUCGAGAAUGAUAAACUAAAAGAACUAAAUAGACAAACUCGGAUUAAAAUAAAACACUAAAAAAUCUUCAAGGUAUUCGAGCGUGCAUCAUUGUGACCGUCAUAGAUAGAACUUAUAAGAUUAUCAAGCCGUCAAGGUAUCGGGCGAAGAUUUCUUACUAUCAAUAAUGUUUCUAUUAAAUAAUCCGAGUUACUAGUUGCUCUUGCUGAAUCAAUACAUGUGCACAGACGACGAAAACAAUUAUCACGCAUUCUUAUUAAUAAUUAUCUUCUCUUUCCUUUGUUCUGUGUUACCUUUGUCGCGCAUCUAUGAGAAAGUGCAACUAGUAAGCGAACAAAUUUGUGGCAUUAGUGAUCUUGAAUUUUUGACACUUAGUUAAGAAACUUAAGGUCUUGUGCAAAACGGCUGAUAUCAGUAAUAUCCUAGGUGAUACGUAUGCAUCGCAAAAACGAGAGAAAAAAUGAUAAACAAUUCCGUAGGUAAAACAAAUUUUUCGAAAUAAUUUUAUUCUAGUUAAAGCAAAUUAUUACCAUCGAAAUAUACAACAGGAUCCGACCGUGAAUUAAAAAUAACAGUCCUUACUUAUAGAAUUUUUAAUAAUAGUAAGUUAUCCGGAAUUGUCAAGUUUUGUAUGUAUCUUAGGCGAUUCACUGGUUUUACUAUACCAAUUCAUAUAAUGGUAUUGAUGGAUAUCCUAGCCGUUAUAAUAAUAUUAUUAAUAAUAAUAACAAUAACGAUGAUAGAAAUAAUAACGAUAAUAAUUUAGAAUAUAGAGUACAGGGAGGCACUGAAAAUGGCUGUAUAAAUAAUGUACAAUAAAGUGGUAAGGAACGAAAGAAACGAAACACCGAUACGUAGCUCAUAUAAAUAUUAUAAUGCCAUCACUUGGAAAUUUUUGUACGUGGAACAAACCAACCGAGAUCACUAUGUGUACCCCCCUAACAUAGGUAUGUAUAGAUAUAUUACAAACUAAGAGAUAUCGUCAAUCUUUUAAUAAUAAUAUGAUACAAUAAUUGAUAGAAAUCGACUGAUGAUGAAUGGUGAUUAAGAACGCCAAUGAUUGUCAUACAACGAUGUUUGACAAUCAUUGGGAAAUGAAUCCAAUUUAUGAAAACGUGGAACAACUGACAAGUAUUUUUCAUUUCAGCAACACUUGUUCAUCAAUGUGAAUAUUAUGAAAAGUGUUUGUUUAAAACAUUGUGUAUAAUAUAUUAUUAUGUAUUUGAUAAUGAAUGCGAAUAGAAGAGAAAAGUAAUGAUAACAAUAAACCUUAAUCGAUUUGUUACAAA